AUGAAUCACCAUAAAAACGAAGCAAAAACCUUCACCAAAAAACUUGCAGAGUACCAACAACAGUUGGACAAGGGACUGAACAUCCUCUAUUCGGUCCAGUCAGGCAACUUGAUAACAACAAAAGCGCAGCAAGAAGCUGGAAAAAUCGAUGUCGAGGAUGAAAAAUGUCGCGAUCAAACUCAGUAUGACACGACCGUACAAACUUUCGGAAACAUCCCAACAGGCAACAUUAUUGCUCAAUCAGCCAAGGAGAUGAUAGAGAAGAUGUAUCAAGAAGACAAGAAGGUAAAGACUGCUCUCGAAAAUCUCCAGACAAAACUUGUUAAAAGACACACUCAAUUAAAUGAAAUUGCAGAAAAAGAAAAGAUAACCAAAAUGGGUGAAGAAAAAUACAAAAUCAUCCCGCAACAAAAGAAGACACCACUCAGAAUCGGGACAGCCAGCAUUUUAUAUGCCCUUCAAGAAAAUCGUGGCAGACGUAGUAGGGGAGCGGAGCAAAUACAAAAAUUGGAGAAGUCCACACUACGGACCACAGCCAACAUGGUCAACAUAAAACCGACUCAAAAUCAAACCCAAAAACAUAUGCACUGCGCACUACGAAGUUCUCUUCUCCCGCUCAAUUUGCCACAAUGUAUAUCGUCUGAAUAA